GCAGAGAGUGGUAAGACGAGGUCAGUAACAGCCGAGUUUUACUGUUCGGCGCACGUGGUUCUGAGCAAACGCUGAACGUAGAAUUACUGUAUUUCUUGAAUAUAUUGUGUCAUCUGGAUUUAUCGAGCAAAAAGGCGGGAAAGUGAAAAUGAAGCUGAAGACCGACCUCUUAGUCCAGCCCUCGGGUGAGAUUUCAAAGAAGAUCCGUGAAGAGCUUAAAGAAGACAUUAACACCCGUUAUAAAGAUUUGGCAGCGAUAAAAGAGUGGCUCAGAAAGCAACCGCAUUUGCCUGAUGAAUGGGAGGAUAUGCCGCUAAUAACGUUCCUUCGUGGUAGCAGUUUCUCCCUAGAGAAAUGCAAAAGAAAAUUGGACAUGUAUUUCACAAUGCGCGCAGCGUGUCCCGAAUUUUUCUCAAAUCGAGAUGCGACUAGUCCUGAGUUGAGGGAGAUCUUAAACGGCAAAUUGCAAGGUCCACCACUCCCUGGAGUUACACCGAACGGAAGAAGAGUUACCAUUUGUCGAGGCAUACACCCAAGUCUUGACGGUCAACAAAUCACCGAUACACUGAAGCUGGCACUUAUGAUCGGUGACAUCCGCCUGAGCGAAGAAGUGGAAGGCGUUGCUGGCGACAUCUACGUACUGGACGCAGCAGUGCUUGGUCCCAGUCUUCUAGCUCGACUUUCUCCCGCGGUUAUUAAGAAAUUUAUGAUUUGCGUACAGGAGGCCUAUCCCGUCAAGCUGAAAGAAGUACACAUAAUAAAUACAUCUCCUAUCGUAGAAAAAUUCGUAACCUUUGUUAAACCUUUCCUAAAGGAUAAGAUCAAAAAGAGGGUAAGUGAAAUAUAUCAGCUUAGAAGAAAUGUCGAUUAAUCAGUAAGUCAGAGCACAUAGGCAGAAUUGGCGAGAAACUAGUUCGCCUUCCUUCGGGAACCCGUGCAUUCUGGUCUCUCGCCAAGGCUGUCCAAGGGAAUUUCUGUAAGCCAUCACUACCAUCUCUGCACAGGGAGGACGACUCACUGGCCCAAGACGCAAAAGACAAAGCCGACCUUUUAGGCUCCCUUUUUGCGUCCAACUCGACUCUUGAUGACGGGGGGAAAAUACCGCCGACCAUCCCGCGGUGUGAGUGCUCCAUGCCGGAUGUGCUAUUCUCACAGCGCUCAGUUCGCAAAGCACUUCUCUCCCUGGACAUCCAGAAGUCGAGUGGGCCUGACGGAAUCCCCCCAAUUGUGCUGAGGACGUGUGCUCCGGAGUUGGCACCGGUCCUAACGCGUCUUUUCCGGUACUCCUACUCCCAAGGCGUAGUCCCGAAUUCAUGGAAGACAGCUUUUGUCCACCCGAUCCCUAAAAAAGGCGACCGCUCAGACCCGUCCAACUAUAGGCCUAUCGCGAUCACCUCCUUGUUCUCCAAAAUAAUGGAAUCCAUUAUUAACUGCCAGCUCAUCCGGUACCUUGAGGAUCACCAGCUGAUUAGUGACCGCCAAUACGGUUUUCGUCGGGGUCGAUCAGCUGGUGAUCUUCUGGUCUACCUGACCCAUAGAUGGGCGAAGGCAGUAGAGUCCAAGGGGGAGGCGUUGGCCGUUAGUCUGGACAUUGCGAAGGCCUUUGAUCGGGUUUGGCACAAAGCGCUUCUUUCGAAGCUGCCUUCCUAUGGGCUUCCCGAGAAAUUGUGCAAUUGGAUCACCAGCUUUCUUGCAGAUCGGAGCAUCAAGGUCGUUGUAGACGGUGCAUGUUCUGACUACAAGCCUAUUAACGCUGGUGUUCCACAAGGCUGUGUGCUAUCACCAACGCUGUUUCUUCUGCAUAUCAAUGAUAUGUUGCUAACUGGUAACAUUCAUUGCUAUGCGGAUGACAGCACUGGUGAUGCUCUAUACACCGGCCGGGCCAAUAUUUCUCGGGAAAACGUCGCCGAGUACCGGAACAAACUUGUGUCUGAAGUCGAGUCUUUGCUGGACAAAGUCUCGGAUUGGGGGCGACUAAAUCUAGUCCAGUUUAAUCCUCAGAAGACACAAGUUUGCGCGUUUACCGCUAAAAAGAACCCCUUUGUCGUAUCUCCUCAGUUUCAAGGUACUCCCCUUGUUGCCUCAGCCAGUAUCGGUAUCCUCGGAGUCGACAUAUCGAGUGACGUGCAGUUUCGUGGUCAUUUGGAAGAGAAGGCCAAAUUGGCCUCUAAAAAGCUUGGCGUGCUCAGCAGAGCGGGACAGUAUUUCAUGCCGGCACACCGCCUGCAACUUUACAAGGCGCAGGUUCGGCCUCACAUGGAAUACUGUUCCCAUCUCUGGGCAGGGGCUCCCCAGUGCCAGCUCCUUCCACUUGACCGCAUCCAGCGCAGAGCGGCUCGAAUCGUCGACGACCGAGCCCUUUCCGAUCGGCUCGAUUCAUUGGCACUGCGAAGAGAUGUUGCAUCUCUUUGCAUUUUCUUUCGCAUCUACCAUGGGGAGUGCUCUGAGGAAUUGUUCGGAUUAAUCCCAGCCGCCAAAUUUCACGAACGCACAUCGCGGCAGAACUCCCGAUACCAUCCACACCAUCUGCAUGAUUGGCGGUCCACCACUGUGCGAUUUAGAAGAUGUUUUCUUCUUCGCACAACUUCCUUGUGGAAUAGUUUACCACCAGGGAUUUUUCCGGACCGAUACGACUUAGGGACCUUCAAGAAAAGAGCCUACUCCUUUUUAAAAGGCCGGCAACGCAUCUGCAAUUCCCCUGGUGUUGCGGUUGUUCAUGGGCGGCGGUAGUCACUUACCAUCAGGUGAGCCGCAUGCUCGUUUGCCCCCUCUCCUAUAAAAAAAAAAAAAAAGAAUAAAAUAUUAUAGUAUAUAUUAUAGUAAAUAGGUUUUUAUGAACUACUAUCACGCUGCAUCUGUAUUAUGAUUGCAACACGAAUUGCUCGGCUUGACCAGAAAAAGAGCCACACUCUACAGAAUACCAGUUUCGUAUGGUGAAGAGAACUGAAGACACUAUUUACUUCAACGGGGAAUUUCUCAUACCUCAGGGAUAAUUUUACAUCUGCAUUUUGACUCUUAAGAAGGAUAAAUGAAGAUAUUUAUAAGCCACAGCAUCUACUUACCAUCAGUUGGACUGUGGGCUCGUUUGUCACACUUAAACAGAUCAAUAUAAUCUAUUCUCUUUACUUUACUGUUUCAGAUCUUUAUUCAUAAAGAAUUAAAGGAUUUGUACAAGUAUGUUCCUCAAGAAAUGAUGCCGAAGGAAUACGGUGGUCAGUGCGGUACCAUGGAGGAACUUCAAGAUCAGUGGACACAGAAGCUAAUAGACUACCGUGAAUGGUUCCAAUCCCAGGAGUCAGUUAAGGCUAAUGAAAGCCUUAGACCUGGAAAACCAACUAACUACGACGAACUCUUCGGUAUAGAUGGCUCAUUUAGGCAAUUGGCUAUUGAUUAAUUACUUGAUUUCAUGAUUUAAGGAUCUUAUUUUGUAAUUUUUGUCAUAGACUAAUUUAAGUUAGUGAAUCCUGUCGAAAUCAAAUCCUCAGAUCAAGAAAGAAAGAUAUAUAGAGACCGCGCUUUAUUUCUUGCUUACUUACACCAACAUGUUUCUUCUUUAUUCUUUAACUUCCCGUAAAAGUCCACCGUUGGAUGCACACAUAUGCACCUAUGCAAAUGAUUUUGUAUGCAUGUGCGCAGUGUGCAUGUUGUUAGUUAAAUAUGGUUUCAGCUUGGUUUCUUUCGUCACUUAAAGUGUACGUAGUAUUUUAUCAAUUUUUUAUUGGUCAUGAUCCUGAUCCUUAAGUUAAAUAACAAAAGAAUAUAAAGUAGAAUCUAAGAAAUUAUAAACUUUGCUUUCAAUCGCGUUUAUUGUGAAUAUUCGUAAUAAUAACUGUGGUUGUAGGUAUUGUUAAAAUGAAGUUAUUGCUGCUUGAUUUUUAUAUUAAUGUUGUUGAAUUCGCCAGUAUUAUGAAAUAUUAAUGUUCAUGUGUUGUUACUAAAUUACGAGUCAAGGUUUAAUCAAUGAUAUUUAAUUUAUAUAACUUUCUAUAUAAUUUCGGCGUACUUUGUAUUAUGAUUUAUGAGGAGCUAAAUUUUGUAAUACUUUUUUAACUAAAAUAAUAAUUUUCGGAUUAUAUUUUUAGAGAAAACACAUUUUAUGCACAUAAGAAACACCAUGUGCAUAAAAUGUGUACCAUGGAAUAAAAUUCUAAAAAUUUUUUCUGCACAUUUUGUAAUAGCUUGAAAAUAAGAUUUCAAUUUCACAAACUCAAUGGCAUUUAGAAAAAUAAUUUGUAUCUAUUCAAUAAAAUGUAGGCUUUACACGUAAUGUUUUUGAAUUAUCUUUUAUUCGAAAAUCAAAUGUGAUAAGGAAUAGAUUAGGCUAGUUAUCUAAUUUACUAUUUUAAUAAUAAUUUCUUGACUUAGGCCUUCUCUCUACCUCUUAUAUGAUUCUUUUUAAAUCGAUUGCUAAAAAAGUAAUAAAUUUAGACCAAAUUCACAUUAGUCUAAGAAUAUACUUAGAAUUUUAAUCCAUAUAGUUUUCUAUAGUAAAAUGCCAAUAUUAAUAAAACAUUUCAUGAAAUUUGCUUUUAGACAUAGAAUUUUAAAUCGGGCAAUUUUAUGAUAUCCUUUUGUUUAUAAUAAAGAAUUUCUGAAUGCAAAUUUAAUUUAUAGUAAGUAUAAUAUACUUUCUUUAUAAGAAUAGUUAGUUAAAAAUGUUUCGUUUAUGAAAUAAAGAGAAAGGUGAUAG